UCUCUCCAUAUGAAAGAAUAAUGCAAAAGGAUAAAGCUAGUUAUGGGUUGCAAUUCGUGCACUAAAGACAUUAUAAGCCCAGCUACACAUUGACGACAGUCUCUCUCUCUCUCUCUCUCUCUCUCCCCACUGCUUUCUGAUAUCCUUAUCCCCCAUCCUCGAAGGUUUGGCAAUAUUCCUCCUUUAUUGGCCCAAAAAUAAGAAAGUGUUAGAGCUCCACAUACUGGAUCAGAUCUUAUUAGUCUUUCAGUGUAAUUCUGUGAAUUAUGGACACCCAACCGCAAAGAAACUCCAGAGAAAAAGUUGUGGACAAGCCACGAGAAGGGAAGUUAAAACAAGAGGGAAAAGAAGGCCUACAGGCACAGCAACAGGCACUGCCAACAUCCCCUGCCUCGCCACCUUCAGCUUCCUCCUCUCCUUCUCAUGAAUUCUCCUUCACAAUCUCUCUCCACUCUUCCUCGGCACCAGUACCUGAUAAGGCCAAAACCCCUCCUAAUUCUUUUGCUAUUGAUUUGUCUCCGGCGGAUGACAUUUUCUUCCAUGGCCACCUGCUUCCUCUCCAUCUCCUCUCACACUUUCCUGUAUCCCCUCGCUCGUCCGUAAAUUCCUUUGACAGCUUUACCCUCCCUAUGAAGGAAUUAUUAGAUGAUCAAAGACCCAACAAAAGUGGCAACAACUAUUGCAGCACCAGCAACGGAAAUAGCAAUAGCGGUAGCGGUAGCAACCACGUCAACAACAGCAAUAACUGCAGUCACCAUCAAAGCAAUAACUAUAGCGAUACAAAGGGAAGGAGCAAGCCCAAGUCUUUCUCUUUAUUCGGUUGGCGAAAAGGGUGUGAAGUUAAAGAGAAGGAGGAAGACAAGGAUAAGCACAAAAAAAACCAAAGGUUCGACAUGAGUCAGGUGCUGAAGAGGUAUGCCAAAAUGGUUAGGCCACUGAUGUUCUUCAAAGGAAGGAAAGAAAAUCUCCAAUCCCACAGGCAACCUUAUGCAUUUUCAGGUAAUUUAAGUUGGAGAAACAAACAGGAGUUGCGAGGAAGGAGAGGAGAAUACUCAGCACCGGCAUCGAUGAGGACAUCUCCCUCGAACAGCGGCCUCCUUCUUGCAACUACAACUCUUCCUUCUUCUACUAGUGAUAGUACCAUGGAAGAGUUGCAGGCUGCUAUUCAAGCAGCAAUUGCUCAUUGCAAGAACUCAAUUGCUACAGAAGAAAAGAUCAAAUGUUAAAUGUUAUAUAACUUAUAUUGGACUUCCAGUUUUCCCCUCAUUCAACUUCUAUCACUAUUCUGUAUACCUGUGUAUAAAUCAAGGUGAUACAUAUAGAGAGAGAGCUUUGAAAUCUUAA